AUGAUGGUGACUCACUCCCAUGGAUUUCAACUAGAAAUCAGGAACGAACUCUCGGGUCGAUACAGGAGGCUUGUGUACAAAUGCUGGUCCCGAGACAACGAUUUCGGGUGGAGAGAGAACUGGCCAGGUCAACACAAGGACUGGUCUUUCGCCAUGUCGCUCUUCCACACUUUCUUCCAUUGCAACUUCCACACAGGGUACGGACGAGUGGACAAGCAGCUAGUGGCUGCAUGGGAGAUGAAAGAGCAGUGUGGGGACAGGGAAAAAUGCACUUGGGUUGUUAAGAAGGAUGGACUCUACUUGAGACAUUGGAAGACCAUAUUUUUUAGUAACAAGUAUGGUAACGAGAGGUGGUAUGAGUAUGUUCAACAUGAUGUCCUCCAAAGUCCUUGGAGCUGA